UUUUCACACCCCCAUUGUCUCUGAAUGCGCCUGCGUGCUUGAGAGGUGAUGGCGUAUGUAGCUUGCUGUGAAUGCGGAUGAAAAGGCUUUAUUUUUAGUCGUCAUAUCAAAAGCGUGAAGGGUUUAUCGUGCCUGUUUCGUUAAGGACUUAACUACUUAAGAUUUUAGGAAGAGCAGAGGAUCUUACUGGCUUGUUUCAUUGGGUUUAAAUCUCAGAAAACGCCGAAUGUUUUCAAAAAAGCACGAGAAAGCGGAAGUGGCGAGCAGAGUGACCGGGAUCGGAAGUCUUGAGUAAGCAGGUUCAUUAUCGGGAGUUACAAGCCAUGGAUGCGAAGAAAGAUGAAGCUUGUGAAAGAAUUCUGCUAGAGCCAUACAAGUAUUUACUGCAGCUUCCAGGUAAACAGGUGAGGAGCAAACUUUCACAAGCUUUCAACCACUGGCUCAAUGUCCCAGAAGAUAAACUUCAGGUUAUCAUUGAGGUGACAGAGAUGCUACACAAUGCUAGCCUUCUAAUUGAUGAUAUUGAAGAUAACUCCAAAUUACGACGUGGCUUCCCAGUGGCCCACAGUAUUUAUGGAAUACCAUCUGUCAUCAACUCUGCAAACUAUGUAUAUUUCUUAGGUUUGGAGAAAGUGCUGACAUUAGAUCAUCCAGAGGCUGUUCAGGUGUUCACUCGGCAGCUUUUGGAGUUGCACCGUGGACAGGGUCUAGAUAUCUACUGGCGUGACACAUAUACUUGCCCUACUGAGCAAGAGUAUAAAGAUAUGGUGCUCAAGAAGACAGGGGGCCUCUUUGGCUUAGCUGUAGGGCUCAUGCAGCUCUUUUCCAGUGACAGAAGAGACUUGAAGCCCUUGCUGAAUACAAUGGGACUCUUUUUCCAAAUCCGUGAUGACUAUGCCAAUCUUCUAUCCAAAGAGUACAGCGAGAACAAGAGUUUUUGUGAAGACUUGACAGAGGGUAAAUUCUCUUUUCCCACAAUUCAUGCCAUUUGGUCUCGACCAGACAGCACUCAAGUGCAAAAUAUUCUGCGCCAGCGCACAGAAAAUGUGGACAUCAAGCGAUACUGCGUGGACUACUUAGAAAAAAUUGGCUCUUUUGCCUAUACUCGGCAAACUCUUGAAAAGCUGGAGGCUGAAGCCUAUAAGCAAAUUGAGGAUUUGGGGGGCAAUCCACAAUUAGAAGCUUUAAUGCAGCAACUGAGUAAACUUUUCAAGGAAAUCUGAUUCCUAUUUGGCCUUGUGAUUUUAAAGGGUUGUUUUCAUGCCUUUCAGAAAAGCUGGAAAAUUCUUAAUUUAGCAGUUUCUCAGGUUAACAUUACAAAUGUCAUGAGAUAAGAGUGCUCUCUCAGGGGAAGAGGACGAAGAAUGGAUUUUAAAAUGUUUUUAUGUAGGAAGUGUUGCUGCUUUUUUUUAUAUAUAUAUAUAUAUAUAUAUAUAUAUAUAUAUAUAUAUAUAUAAUUGGCACUCCAAAAAAAGUGUCUCUUUGAUUCUUUUUGUGUGUCUGCAGUUUCUUUACUCAGGUAUGUAAACGUAAGGAUGAAUGCAGUGUAAUGCCCUGUCCUUGCAUCAAAUGGACACCUCUCACCAAAUGUGCACCUAGUAGUUUGUAAACCAUUCAGUGGCAACGAGAAAUGAGUCACGGACCAAAAGUGAAAAUUCCUAAACUGUUCUUUAUUUACAGUGUGCAAAAAAAAUCAGUAACACAAUAAUAGUCAAUCAGGCUAUCGAAUUAAAAGGGAUGGGUGAAUUCCUUUCAAAAAGAAUUUUCAACCCACCCAAAUACUUUUUGACUGCUCAAGGUCAAAGAUUUGUUGCCUAAAACUUUUAUUUAUAUAUAUAUAUAUAUCUAUAUAUAAUAUAUAAUAUAGAGAGAGAGAGAGAUUACCCUAGCAUAAACAAGCUCAGGAGACUUCUCAAAACCAUCUACCACUCCCGGUUUUGGCAGCAAGAUCUCAUCAGCUGUACAUCCUUCCUGUCAUACAGCUCCUGGGAUUGUCCUGAUCAAUACCCAUUUCACUGCUCCCCUAUCCUCAAAUGAAUGUUUUGUGCCUUUAUACCAGCUAUGUGCCACGUUCACGCAUGUGGAACUGUUUAUUAAGAGCCUCCUCUCUCACACUGGCACACUUCAGCCUGUGUGUCUGCCCAUAGGUGGUCGCACUUCUCGCUUUCUCUACAGCUCUGGUAAGCAUACUUACAGGUCCCAGGAUGAGAGAUUUAAACAUUGCGGUGGUCUCACAUUUGUUCAUUCCUCUCCAUAUCCACCUUGUGCAGGCUGCCUUCCUCACCUGACCUGAGGUGUGCUUCCGCAUGGGUGGCAUGCAGCCAGCUCACUGGAGUAUUGCCAGCACACUCCCUUUUUCUACCCAAAAGGUACGUGCACAGUCAGUAACUAAUAUUAAAAAAAUAAUAAUAACAAAAAAAAACCUAUAACUAGUUAACAUGUACCAGGGCUCUGCACAAGGCAGUAUUGUGUACAAGGAAGGAUGCAAUGCUGAACGGAGGUGCCAUAACAUUGCAGGGCUCUAUUGCACAUGUAGACACACUUGCAUGGAGCCAGCUUAAACUUCUUUCUCAGUUAAAGUUACAUUUAAACUCAAUAUUGAGCUUUUGAGCCUUUGAUAGGUGAUAUCUUACAAGUUUGAAGCUUUUUUUUUUUUUCUUCAAGCAGUACAAUAACUUGGACCCUUGUUCAACCCUUGGUGAAUGUCUAACUUCAAAUUGCACUGUUGUGUUCAAAUUAUGUUGUGUCCUGGAUAGAAAACUUGACUUUUUCCUGACUUGUUAGCUUUAGGCUUUUGUUUGAAAAGCAUCUUUGUUGAUGGAGUUGGUUCAUUAGAGAGACUGUCUCAUUUAAUCUCAAGUUCAUGUUGUAUUUUGUUUUACUAUUAAUAUAACAGUUUCAAUUGUUUUUGAUGUAGUAUUCAAAGAAUAAAUUAAAUUUGUCAAA